AUGGUGUUGCCUGGCUCAGCUGCGUCUCCGGACUUGCCCGUCCCUGCGGGUUCCGCGCCCCCUGCUGUGGCCCCUGUGUGCGUUGUUAAGCGCUUCAGGAAGAAUCCCUCUGGGCAGUCUGCUUCGGUCAAAGGGGGAGGUUGUGCCAACGCCCAGGGAGAUGCGCCGGUUGAGGGUGAGGCUUCAGAAGCUGUGGGCUUUGAGCCUGGUGAGCCUAGCUACCAAGCUGACGGUUUCCCGACAGGGCGUGCCAGCGCCCAGGCAGAUGCUCUGGUUAAGGGUGAAUCCACCAUCCAAGCUCCAAAAGCUGUGGGCUCUGAGCCUGGUGAGCCUAGCUACCAGGCUGAUGGUGUUCCGAAGGAGAUGGGCAAUGCUCAGUCAUCACAGUCUCGUGAUUCGCUACGUGGGAGUGAUCCCGUUGAUUUGGUGCCUAAGAAACCUGAUGGCCAACCCGUGGUCCCAGAGCCUAAAGUCAGUGCGCCGGUUGGCAAGGCGAUCGGAUCCCAUGUCCAAGCAGGCCCCGCCUGUAUAUCGCAGGCUCGUGCAACGCUACGUGGGAGUGAAGCCGAAGAUUUGGUGCCCGUGAAACCUGAUGGCGAAAUGUUAGGUGAUGGCGCGCGCGUGGGGUCCUCUCCUUCUGGCCAGCAUAGUGUAAGGGUGAUGCCUUUGAUCCCCCAGACAGACCUCUUGGACUGCCAGUCAGGUGUGGGAGAUGCGGUGCCCGAUCGUGAGGGUGCCUUCAAGACUUCGUCGAGGGAGGUGACAACGACGGCUAGGACCAAGUCCUCUCAUAGGAUUGAGUCCGAGCAAGCUGUCAGACUUGCGCCACCUGAAUGCGUAUCCAGGCCCGGAGUCCACCCGCAGAGUGAUGUGAGCCCUGCGUCAAGUGUUUCGGAUGCUGAAACUGUGGGUGCGCAAUAUCCCGAGGUGCAGCUGGGUUUCAAUGUGAACCAGGUUGCCAGUGGUGGACCAGGCCACGGUCCAAGUGGACCUUGUGCCACGGGGAGGGAGGCCGGAACCUACAACAAGGCCUCAAGCGCUAGUGAGGCCACCACAGAGCCCACUGGCAAUCCCCUUGGCAGCUCUGCCAAGUACGCUCAGCGGGUUAUGGGCCCUCAGCUCGAGGCCCCCUCAGGUGCACUCAGCGCGUUCCCCCCAGGGGUGUCCAGAUCUCUUAAGCUCGAUGAGUCGAGUCCAUCAGCCAAGGCUCCUGCUGCGGCAAUGUGCGUCCGCCGGUGCGGUGAUGGAUGA